GGUUGCUAGGAGGCCUGAGCGCGUCGGCUCAGCUGCGUCAUGGCUGAAGUCCCAGAAGAUUACGAUUCUGAUCUGGGUGAAGAUGAAAACCUGCCGUAUGAGAAAGCAAAACUGCCUGAGUCUCCUAAGGUGACUGAAGAUGACGAACCAGACGUCAUGGCCGAGGGAAGCCUGGAGGUACCUGUGGAGACUGAACAAGAGCCAGAGACAGAGGAAGAGGACUUCAAAGAGGGAGCAUGGGAGAGUGCUAAGGAAGGACACCCACUCCUAAAACCAACCCGCGUGUCCGAAGAAGAGAUUCCCAACAAGUCUGAGAUAUACUUUUCCAACGAGACUGAGCUAGGGAUUCCCCAAGAGGUAAGGUCAGAGACAUCCAGACAGGUAGGAGGAGAGCUUUUCAAGGAUGUGGAGGUCCCUGCGGACAAAAAGGGGGAGCAGCCAGAAGAGGAAGCCAGAUCGAAUGUUACAGAAGAUGUACACAUAGAGUCAGCUAAGGAAACAGACCUAGAGCUACCAAAGGAAGCCGAGUCUGCGGUCCCAGGGUCCACCAUGAGUGAGACAAGAUUAGAGUUAGUAGAGGAGACCAAACCAGAGGUUCGGGAGGAAUCACUUAGAGAGCAAUAUGAAGAGACAGGUCUGGAACCUAUAGAGCAGACCAAACCUGAAUAUCCAAGUGAGACACCACGAAAAUCAAUGGAAGAGGACGCUCUACAGCCACUAAAGAUGGCUACACCAGAAAUUCCAGAGGAGACACAAAGUAAGUCACCUGAGAAAAGGACAGAGCCUGGGCAGGCCAAAGCAGAGAUUCCAGCAGAGAAACCAAGUCUGUCCGCUGAGGACACACAAAGAAAAUCAACUGAAGAGAAAAUGUCAGAGCCACUAGAGGAGAUCAAAUCAGAGUUUUCUGAGGAAAAAUCAAGAAAACCAAUUGAGGAAACAGUUCCAGAGCUCCCAGGAGAGGCCAAACCAGAAGUUCAAGAGGAGCCACAAAGAAAGUCAACUGUGGAGAAAGUUCUAGAUCCACCAGAAGAGACUGACCCAGCGUUUCCAAAGAUAGAACCAAGAAAGUCAACUGAGGAAACAGAUCAAAUGCCACCACAGCAGACCAAACCAGAAGUGCAAGAGAAGACACAAACAGAGCCAACUAAGGAGGGAGAUUUGGAGUUACCAGAUUAUACAGAACCACUACUUGGAAAAGAGACACAUGUAGAAUUUGCCAAGGAAGCUAGGCCAGAACCAAUUGAAUUUAAGCAUUCUGCAGACCAGGAAGAGCUAGAGCACUCUGACCAUCAAAUCGGAAAGUUGUUACUAAAUGAAACUAAAAAAGUUUCAAAAGACUCUGUGUCAGGGUCUCUUACAGUAAGUGAAGCAAACUUAGUGAAUACAGAUUAUGAGUUUUCUAAAGAACUCCAGAGUCUGUUUCAGCUUUCUGAUGCCAAUUAUGAAUUUUACUCAUAUUUCUUUGAGUGUCGGAAGGAUUUAAGAGAAUCAUCUAGUGAAAAGGAAGUUGUAAAUCUGUCCCCAGGGUCCAUGAAACUGGUUCAUAAAAAAACCAGGCACCCCAAGCAUACUCACUUACAAUUUGAGUAUCUUGAAUGGAGCCCAGAGGAAGUUGCAGAGUGGAUUAGCCAGCUAGGCUUCCCUCAAUAUAAGGAGUGUUUUACCACAAACUUCAUCAGUGGCCGAAAACUCAUCCAUGUAAACUGCUCAAACCUCCCUCACAUGGGGAUAACAGAUUUUCAGGACAUGAAGGUAAUUUCUCAGCAUACUCGGAAGCUACUGGGAAUUGAAGAGCCACUAUUCACACGCAGCAUCAGCCUUCCCUACAGGGACAAUAUUGGCUUAUUUUUAGAGCAGAAAGGUCAUAGCGGAGUUAAAUCUGAUUCUUUGACCCUGUCUGAAUUUGUACGAGCAGCAGGAUUACAGGAUUAUGUCAAAAUAACCGCCCCUGAAGAGGAUGUGGCAUUAGAGUCUACCGAACCAUAGGGAAACUGUUUCACUUGGCUUGAGAAUCCAACUACAUGACAGGGGGGAGUAUAGUCUCUCUGCAUUUUCUUUUUCUCCUCUUCAUCCAGGAGCAGAGUUAGAACUGCUGCCUCCACUCCUGGUUCUAUCACUGACUCACAGCACCUUCCCUUUUUGUUUCAAUUUAGCCCCUUGUUAAAACAAAGAUAGCAAUAGUCUCUUUCUGGGUAAUUGUAAGAAUUCCUGAUAAAUUCUAGUAAUGCAUCUGGUAGUAGGAGCAUGUUGGGGAAAUAGAA